AGCUCAUUCAGGAGCUGCACAGAGAGAUGAAGGAGCUCUGCCACCAACAGAAGGUUGAAGCAGAGACGGCCUCCAAUGUGGAGACGUGCUGCCACCGUGUGGACGCUCUGGAGGAGUCUGUGAGGUCUCUGAGGGACACGGUUCAGAAGUAUCCAGACCCAGAGGAGCUGAGUCACCAGUGUGAGACCUGGGACCUCAUGCAGUCCUCACUGCUCAGCCAGAGAGGAGACGUGCCCACGGUGCUGGUCGAUGCAGAGGUCAGAGCCACACACACACCUUUCAACAGCAACCUCACCGCUGGAAGCGCUGCACCUCCUCCCUCCUCCACCCUUAACCCUGUCGAGGAGGCCAGCCGGCCAGCAGCUCCUGGUGCUCCUGGUGCUCCGACGACUUCUGGACCGACUUCAGGACCGACUUCGAUGGACGCCGGGUCGCCCCUGUCAGAACCACCGCAGCAGAUGGGUUUUAAAGCAGACCCGGCAGCCGGCUCCAGCCUCUCAGAGCGCUACUCGGAGACGCUGGAGGCCCUGAGGAACAUCGAGCAGCUGGGAGCUCGUGUUGCUGCGCUGGAGGAAGGAAAGGCGGACCAGUCACAGCUGAGACACCUCAGAGAGCACAUGACUGACGAGAGUUCACAGGAUGCGAUGAACCACCUGAUGGAUCAACUGAACCAGCAGAGAGCUCUGAUAGACAGCCUGAUGAGUGACCGGGGGAAGCUGGACGACCUGCGCAGCACGUUGGAGGACACGAUGGAGUCCCUGACCUCUCAGCCGUCCGAGGCCGGGCAGGACGAGAGCGCCGGUAGCCAGAGCAAAGAGCAGAGCAGAGAGAACACGGGCCAGAAGCUCAGCCUGCUGUUCCACCACUAUGAGCAGCUGCAGGACGCAGUGAGCGGCCUCCUGCAGCAGCAGACUGGAGGCCCAGCAGGGCCGCCGAAGCUAGAGGCAAGCUGGACCUGCAGCACAGAGAGGCUGACGAGUGGAGACUCAGCUGAUCUACUGUCUGCUCUGGAGACAAAUACUACAAGAGUUUAGAGUACUUCACCACUGCUAGCUCGAGCAUUUUAACAGUCCUGUUCAUCCUCUUCAGGCUGGUAUCCCAGCAUGCAUUGCCUGAGAAGGAGAUGAACAGAGUAUUUCACUGGUUCAGUAUCAGACUCACUGUGGAGCAGCAGAACCAGAGAUGUCGUCUAUUUUUUUAUUCCACACGUUCUCCUUCCUUUUCAAAACCUGGCGCCUACAUUACCCACAAUGCAACUUGGCCGCAGACAGUUUGAGUGAUAGAUUGUGUUAUGCUAGGAGCGGCUAAUGUAGCCUGCAGCUACAGAGGCUUCACUUCUUUCUAACUCCAAACCUCCAGAUUCAUUUUUUUACUU